GCCGAUUCUCGUCUCUCUUCUCUCAUUUGAGUCAUUUCUCCUCCUCCGUUCUCUUCUCAUUGUCUUCACCGCUCUCCAUCUCUCGUUCUCGGGAGCGGAACCAUGAAGAAUCGCGACUUCAACGCAGACAAAGUUCUUGCGAAGGAGUUCCUGUCGAACUUCACAGACAUCAAUGGCGAGCCGAAGUACAUGAAUAUCCUCUACAAGGACAAGGAUGAAGAGUUUUUCAGGCGAAUUACUGAAAACACUCGCAGAUAUGUUGGAAUUUUUCCUUCAGCAGUUGAUGAGCUGUUGCCAGCUCCCACUGAGGACAUUCCAGAUGAUGUUCCCAUAUUGAUGACGCAGAGGGCAGAGGAUGGAACUGAAAAUGCGGAUGGUACUAAUCCACUUAGGAAGAUGCCUCCCGAGAUUAAUCGUUAUUAUGAAGUUAAUUUUAAAGCAAUUUCUAAGGGACGGGCAUUUACCAUUAGGGAGGUCAAGGCUUCAUCUAUUGGCAAGCUAGUGAGGAUAUCUGGUAUUGUGACCCGUUGUUCAGAUGUCAAGCCCUUGAUGCAGGUGGCUGUAUAUACAUGUGAAGAAUGUGGCUUUGAAAUUUACCAGGCCAAGAUUCAUGAGUUGGCAGAACAUGUUCCAAAAGGCCAUAUUCCACGGUCAAUGACUGUUCAUCUCAGAGGAGAACUAACGAGAAAGGUAGCACCAGGUGAUGUUUUUGAAUUAUCAGGGAUCUUUCUUCCUAUUCCUUACACUGGAUUUAGGGCACUGCAAGCUGGUUUAGUUGCAGAUACCUACUUGGAAGCAAUUUAUGAACUUGGGGAAGAUGAGGAAGAGCAAAUUGCUCGUUUAGCUGAGGAUGGUUAUAUUUAUAAUAAGUUAGCACAGCCAUUAGCACCUGAAAUUUAUGGACAUGAAGAUAUUAAAAGAGCUCUGCUUCUUCUUCUUUUGGGUGCUCCUCAUUGGAAAUUGAAGGAUGGGAUGAAGAUUAGAGGAGAUCUACAUAUAUGUUUGAUGGGUGAUCCUGGGGUUGCCAAAAGUCAACUUCUGAAGCACAUAAUAAAUGUGGCUCCCAGAGGAGUGUAUACCACUGGCAAAGGAAGCAGUGGAGUUGGUCUAACAGCUGCUGUUCAAAAAGAUCCAGUAACAAAUGAAAUGGUCUUGGAAGGGGGAGCACUGGAAUUGGCAGAUAUGGGAAUAUGUGCCAUUGAUGAGUUUGACAAGAUGGAUGAAUCUGAUCGUACAGCAAUUCAUGAGGUUAUGGAGCAGCAGACUGUCAGUAUUGCCAAGGCUGGGAUCACCACAUCCCUAAAUGCAAGAACUGCUAUUCUUGCUGCUGCCAUUCCAGCCUGGGGAAGAUAUGACCUAUGUAGAACUCCAGCUGAAAAUAUUAAUCUCCCUCCAGCCCUUCUAUUGAGAUUUGAUCUUUUGUGGUUGAUCCUAGACCGAGCAGAUAUGGAUGGUGAUCUUGAAAUGGCUAGGCAUGUUGUCUUUGUGCACCAGAAAAGAGAAUCUCCUGCUCUUGGUUUCACUGCACUUGAACCAUCUCUUCUUCGUGCAUAUAUUUCUGCUGCCAGAAGACUAUCUCCAUAUGUUCCAGGGGAACUGGAGGAGUAUAUUGCUACUGCCUACUCCAGUAUCCGACAAGAAGAAGCUAUAUCAAAUACGUCUCAUUCAUAUACUACUGUGAGGAGACUGCUUAGUAUCCUCCGGAUAUCAGCAGCACUAACAAGGCUUCGGUUUUCAGAAACUGUGGCUCAGAGUGAUGUGGAUGAGGCUUUAAGGUUAAUGCAGAUGUCAAAAUUGUCUUUAUAUGUUGAUGAUCGCCAGAAAUCUGGUCUGGAUGCAAUCUCUGAUAUAUAUUCAAUCCUGUGAGAUGAAGCUGCAAGGACUAACAAGAUGGAUAUGAGCUAUGCCCAUGCACUGAAUUGGAUUUCAAGAAAGGGAUAUAGUGAGGCCCAGUUGCAGGAAUGUUUAGAGGAAUAUGCAGCCUUAAACGUAUGGCAGAUACAUCCCCAUACCUUUGGUAUCCGUUUCAUUGAUGCCUGAAGAGCAGUUCCUUUCCGAACCACAAGAAGCAUCGGAUUCUUAUUUUACAGAUGGAUAGAAUAGUAUCAAAAUGUAUCUUUGUUAUUGGGCAGUUUAAUGUUGCAAUCUUUGAUAUCAGCUCCUAGACUUCUGUAUCAUAUACUGAAAAUUUUUAUUAACUUGAACAGGAAUUACUUUACUGGAAUUGCUUUUUUUGCUUUGUUGAUAGAAAAUAAAUUGACAUACUUUUC